CCAUAGGGCAGUUUAUAACUGUCCAUUAACCAUCACUAGAAAAAGAUGCUGUGCUAACGUCUCCCAGUCGGCUCUUCUGUUCUUCGGCUUUUUCCGUUAUUAACUGAUAUUUUUGUAUUAAAGUGAGAGUUUUAUUGACAGAUAGGCCGGUGUUCCAUCUGAAAGUGUCUCCAGUUUAUCUGAGGCACCCGCCAUGUUCCCGUUCCGACAGCCAUCCGACUCGGACCUGCGGCCCGACCCUCGGCGCUACGGCUCUGGAGCGGAGCGGGACUUUUUCCGCCCCCCCCAGGAGUCUUUGUCGCCGGGCCCCGCCCCCCAGGAUGGCGUCCUGAGCCUGCUGAGCAGCUGCGGCCUGGAGCCGGAGGACCUGUCGGUGCUGGCCAAGCUUCCUGAGGACAUCCUGACCGUCGAGUCUCUUCCUCAGAUCCUCAAGCAGAUCAAAGGCCAGAAAGCUCCGCCCCCGGCGUUCCCCCCCCGGCCGGAGGAGCCGUUCCACCUGGGGACCGCCAAGCCUUUACCUGCCAGGCCGCCCUCUCCGCCGCCCCCUUCCUCCUCAUUCAAGGCCUUUAGCUCCGCCCCCAGGGACUGGGAGCGGCUCCGCCGCCAGCCGGUCCAGUACCCGCUGCACCUGCUCUCUGCCGAGUCCCGGCCGGACCGCUGGCCAGGUCAGCAGGCCGCCGGGUCAGGCAGGUCCCCCCCGCCGCCGUCCUCUUCGUCGACCAGGCGGGCUGUAGACCAGGACCUCAGGCCACGCCCCCCCGCCUAUGGUAAGGACGGUUCCUCCUUCAGCGGGUCAGCGGGCAGAACCCGUCCUUCCCGUUUCUCCGGGUCAGGUGAUUUCAGGACGGCUCCUCCUCUUGAUGAGCGCCGCCGCGACUCCAGGCCGUCCUUCAGCAGCCGUGUCCCGGACCGAGUUCCGAACCUGAACCGGGCCCGCGACCCGGCCUCCGGCGCCAUGCCCUCUAAGAAACAAGCUCUGGACUUCCACGGAACGUCACCGCCGGCGUUCCCGUAUUCGUGCUCGCUGUGUGACAUCGCCGUUCUGUCAGAGAAGGUUUGGAUUCAGCACGUCAACACGACUGGACACGCAGACGGGCAGCUCAACCUGCUGCAGCGGUUUCCACGGUGGGACUGUCGCCUGGAAAGCGCUGGAAGGGACGAGAACCAAUCAAACCACAGGAGAGAUGGAGCAAAUCCCGCCCCGCCGCCCCCCAGACCCAAUCAGAACCGAGCAGAUCCACAGACGUCCAAGAAGCAGCAGAAGGCGUCAGAUAAAGGGAAGGUGGUGUGUGCCAAGUUCCCUCCUCAGGCUGUGGACGAGGCGUCUCUGAGGAAACUCAUCGAGCCGUUUGGAAAGGUCGGAAAAAUCCUCAUGUUUCCGUCUCUGGCCUUCGUAGAGAUGGGUUCCUCCGAUCAGGCCAAGGACCUGGUCAAGUUCUACAGCAGUUCUGACCCAGAAGCCAGGAAGGUGAAGGUGGAGUUCAACAUCUCCAACGCCUUCAGCUUCCUGCAGAGCUCCCAGGUGGUGAGCUUCACUCCAGCGCCGAGCGGCGAGGACGGCCGGUCCGAUCUGCUCAGCAUCGCCAAGCGCUUCGGGGAGCCGCUCUACACGCUCUUCCUGCCCUCCAAGGCCUUUGUGGAGAUGAAGCUGUCGGCUGAGGCCCAGAAGCUGGUGGACUACUACGCGGCCAGCACCCUGCGGAUCAACGGCGCCACCAUCCAGGUGGCCUUCUCCUCCGAGUACCGGACCCUGCUGCGGGUUCCGUCGGCCCAGAAGUACGAAGACGAGCCGGCCGAGACCAAGGAGCCCAACAGAACCCGACGGGCCAGGACCCGGUCCGGGUCCAGAGACCGGUCCAGGGGAGGGCGGCGGAGACGGAGCGGUUCUGGAGACAGGAAGAGACCAGAGACCAGAACCAGAACCCGGUCCAGGUCCAGAGAACAAUAUGGAACCAGUUCUCCCGGGCAGAACCAGAACCAGACGGAGGGGAAGCCCAAAGAACCACAGAACCCAGAGUCCAGAUCGGCUGAACCUCAGAGAGAUGAAGGUGAUGAUGAUGAUGAUGAUAAAGCCCAGCCAGCGGCUGGGGAAGAGGAGGACCAGCUGGCUGAUGAAGAUCAGUCCGACAGCGACAUCGAGGGCAUGGAGGUCAUCGCCGAGGACGGACAGAACCUGGACGAGGAGGAGGAGGAGGAGGAGGAGGAGGAGGAGGAGGAGGAGGAGGAGGAGCAGAAACCAGAACCACCUGGAGCAGGUCGGACCUGGACCGCCGCAGGAAAAGUUCUCUGGAGGGAAAAACUGAGAUCAGGAAAUGAUUUUCCAGAUGGAGGAGAGCUGGAGAAGACCGGAGCUGAGGAAGAGGAGGAAGUAGAAUUCCCGGUGGAUCUGGAGAGCUGCAUCACUCUGGACGAGGUGAAGACGGACGAUGAAGAUGAAGCUCCGCCUGCCGACUGUCGCUGCGAGGAUGUCGGGAAGAUGGGUUCUGGAGAACCCGGUCCGGAGCCGACUGGACCGACUCCAGACCAUGAAAGUUCUGGUUCCGUCUCCAGAACCCAGGAGGAACCAGAACCUUCAGAUCAGACGAGGUCCACUGAGACUCUGGAGCCAGAACCAGACAGAACCGGUCCGGAGCCAGAGAGCCAGACCGGAUCCCAGAAGGUUCUGGAGACACGACGGGCCAAGACCCGGUCCAGGAAGUCAUCGGGAGACGACGGUACCAGAACCGGUUCUGACGAGGAACCCGAUCAAAGAAAGACCGCCUCCAGAACCGCUCCAGAACCCGGUCCUGAAAAACGAAAAGCAACUCCUGAGAACGACGACGUUCCUCUGAAGACGCUCAAGAGGGAGAACGGACCAGAACCGGGUCAGAACCUGAGCACGGCGGAACCAGAGGCUGACGAAGAGAAAAAGCAGCAAAUAAAGACAGACGAGCAGAACCAAGCAGAACCAGAACCACGUGAACAGGAGUCUGGAGCGCCACCAGCAGAGGGCGCCGCUGAGCCGCAGAAACCUGUCGGAGCCGAGUUCGUUCGUCCCGUCGUCGGUUACUUCUGCAACCUCUGUCAGCUGAUCUUCAUCGAUGAAGAUGAAGCCAAGCUGCAGCACUGCGCCACGCCGGCCCACUACAGGAAGUACCAGGUCGCCAUGGAAACCAGCAGCCCAAUUAGCGUUUCUGUUUGCGGCUCGCUAACGUGUCCUCUGUUUGUUUCAGGAGAAAACUGGCAAAGAUCUGUGGAUGAGCUGAGUUACGGAUCAGAACCGUUCGCUUCCUGCUGCUGUAAAUGUUAGUUUGAAAUAAAGCAAGUUUGAUUCUGA